UCCGAGAGCGCGCGCGGCACCGUCGUCAACCUCCAGCGCUCGCAGGAAAUGGCGGACGAUGAGUUAACUGAUAUGAUGUAUGACAUGGAGUUUGGAGAACUGAUGAAAGACUGGAUAGAAGAUUGGUCAGAUGAUGAAAAUUCAGAUCGUGGAGAUAGGUCAGAGAAUGGGAACGUAUUGGAAGAUCUUAAUAUGGAUGAACAUGAUGAUGGUCAGGAAAACAAUGAGCAUGAUGAUGGUGAGGAAAACAACUCGGAGAUCUCGAAUGAAGAUUACAUUAGUCAGCUCAUUUCCGAAUGUCAUAAUGCGUACGACUAUUACGGUGAAUCCGACGCGGAGACAGGCCUUGAUGUCGAAUCAUUAGCUGCAUCUGAUUUUGGGGAGUCGCAAUCGUCGGUCAUCAUGAGUGAGGUAUGUAUGUAAUCAAUGUUGUAUGGAAGUAAUGUUAUACCAUAGAAAACUGUUUUCAUGGCUAUGUUAUGAUUGUGUAGGUGACAGAAGUUGAGGGUAAAAAGAAUGUCCAAGAUACUGCUAGUGCAGAUGAUAAGAGGGAUAUGUUCAUGCAGAUAAUACAAAUGACUUUUACGUCUCACGAGGCUGCGUAUGAUUUCUACAACAGCUAUGCUAGAGAUAAUGGUUUCAGCAUUAGAAAGAAUAGGGUCAGGUAUAGCAAAACCGAGUCACGUCAUAUGCGUUAUAGGCGGUUUGUUUGUUCCAGACAAGGAAAACGUGACAGCAGGUUGCUAACCGAGGAAGGACACAGCCGUAGGCUCAGACCCGAGACACGCUGCCACUGCGAAGCGCACCUGACCGUGAAGCUUGACCAAAAGCGUGGGGUUUGGUAUGUUGAUAGUUUUGAGGAUAAGCAUAGCCAUAUCUUGGCAGGACCGGACGAGGUGCCUUUUCUUUGGUCCCACAGAAAAAUCAAAGAGUACCAGAAGCAUGAGAUAAUGUCCAUGGGAGCUGCAGGGAUUAGAAUUCACGACAUGAUGGAUUGCUUCAUCAGCAAACAUGUAUGGUACGGCGGUGUUGGUUUUACCAGGCGUGAAAUAUACAACCUUUGCGCCAGGGAGAAGAGGAAGCUGCUUUCAAAAGGUGAUGCUGCCACAGUCAUAGGCAUCAU